AUGGCUUUAUCUGAUGUUCAAGUGAAUGAAAUUCUUGAAAAACAUAUGAAAAUUUUUGAAUCUAAUAUUUUAUAUACAAAAAUGUAUACACAUCAUGAAAAUAUAAGAAAUCAUUUAAAGCAAUACAUUAUUGGUACUUGUUCAAAAAAUACAUUAUAUAAUGUAUUAUAUCCUAUGUAUUUUGCUUUAACUUGUGGUCAUUUAGAUACUCCUCUUAAUAGAAGUAAUAUUAAUAAAUAUUUUAAUAUUAAAAUUAACGCAAUUGAUAAUGAUAUUAAUAUAUACAAAACACAAAAUAAAAAUAUUGCUAUAGAAAAUGCCAAAAAAACACAAGAGAUGAAUCAGAUAAAUCUUUUAACUACUCAAUUGAAUCAAGAAAAAUCAAAAACUAAUACAUUGAGUAGUCAAUUAGAUCAAGUAAAAAAUAACAAUCAACAAUUCAUAAAUCAGAUAAAUACUUUGACAAAUCAAAUAAAUGAAGAAAAAAAUAAGAAUCAACAAUUAACUGAUCAAAUACAAGUAUUUAAUAAUCGAUUAACCCAAAAGAAAGAUAAAAUUCAAGAAUUAAUAUCUUUAUUAAAUAAAGAAAGGGAAGAAUUAAAUCAAAGAGAUUUAAAUAGACUAAAUAUUCAAUCAGAACAAGAAAGAAUAUUGGAAGAAAAAUCAAAUCAAAAAAAAAUAUUAAGAAAUAAAUUAAAUAAUUUCAAGUUAUUGAUAGAUGAGAUAAUAAAUAAUCUGGAAAUCAGAUAUUCAGAAAAUAAAACAUACGAAGAAAAACUGAAUGAUAUUAUCGAUUUCA